UCAUUGCAUGGUGGCCUUUGCAUUGCCUCUCAUUGUCAAUCUCAAUAAUGCCUCUUGCAGAGUGGGUAGAAAUAACAGAGGAAGGAGAGGAGAUUGACAAUUACAACAACAAUGGAGGAGAAAAGCAUAGAAACAUCUCUGCAUCUUCCCCCUUCCCCUCCCCCUCCCCCCUCCCCCUCCUCAGGGCUAUCCCAGCAAUACAACGAAUGAGAAAGCAGCACUGCCCCCUGCUGAGUACUACAACAAGAAGAAGAAAGCUUCUUCCAAUUCAAGAGACAUCAAAGCAUGCUUAUCGGCUCUGUGUUGCUGCUGGUUGUUCGAUGAGUGCUGCUGUGAUCUCACUGAUCUAUUUAUCAACAUCUGAACACUCUCAAUCAUCAUAUGAAAUAUUGUAGUAAUAGUUGUAGCAGUUGAAGCUGUAUAUCCUUUGUUAUCAGAGCUAUUACUUUCUAAUAGAAUGAUCUAAUCAUAUUAUUGGUAUU